CCAAGGGCAAAACCUUACACCAGGGUCAGGACAAUGCCAGGCACCCCUGGGUGAAACAGGGAUGAAGAGCAACCCUGGGAGAAGAAUGAGCUGCAGAGCUGCCUCCAGCUCUGGGAUCCUCAGCAAAGGAAGGACGUGGAGCUGCUGGGGGCAGCCCCAGGAUGAGGAAUCUCCUCCUUGCCGUGCUCCUGGCCUGUGGGCUGCUCCCGGCGGGCUCCAGCGUGCUGGAGCUGGAGCGGAUGAUCAGGGCGGCCACGGGGAGGAGCGCCCUGCUGUCCUACAGCUGGUACGGCUGCUUCUGCGGCAUCGGGGGCAGCGGCACCCCCGUGGACCCCACUGACCAGUGCUGCCAAGCCCACGACUGCUGCUACAGGAGGCUGAGGGAGGGCAGCUGCAGCCCCGUGCUCACCCCGUACCGCUUCACCUCCACCGGCGGGCUCAUCACCUGCAGUACCGAGCAGAGCUGGUGCGAGAGAGAGACCUGUCUGUGUGACACGGAGGUGGCCUCGUGCUUCGCCAGCACCCUGAGCUCCUACAACAAUUCCUACCGCUUCUACUUCAAGCUCAAAUGCCAAGGCAGCAAGCUCCAGUGCUGAAGAGGGGAUCUGCACACACUGUUCCGGAUUUGGGCUGGUUUUYCCCAGCAAGAAAAGCCUGGGUUGGGGGCUGAGAACAGGCAGAGCCCCCGAGGCUCCCUGUGAGGUGCUGCUCAGGCUGAGAAGGGCACACACACCAUGAGUGGAGAGUCAGCAGUUCCUGGAAAGACACARCAGCUUCCUCUUCUUUGCCCCUUCAUCCUCUCUUGAUUUCAUUUCCCAGCAAAGACAAUA